CCCGCGCAGUUAAUAACAGGAAGGAACAGGAACAUCGCCGCCAUUAUUGAGAACCGUAACAGGCUGUUAGAAGUGGGAAGUUAGCCAGGAAGCUACAUUUCGAAAACAAACUUCUAAACGUCUACCUUUACAAAUAAUUUAUUUGAUAACUACUGUACGUUAACCCUUUACGAAAAUGAGUGAUACUGAGGACGGCAACUUUGGAGGACGUGAGUCACGCUCUCCGUCCAAAUCGGGCGGCGGCAGCCCCGCCCACGCGCCGUCUGAGAGCGGGUCGGCGUCACCCAGUCCAUCCGCCUCCCAGCGCUCCGGCUCCCGCUCCGGCUCCCGCUCCGGGUCCCGCUCCGGGUCCCGCUCCAAGUCCCGGUCCCAGUCUGGGCGGCGUUCCCAUAGGCGGUACAGUCGUUCCCGUUCCCAGAGGAAGAAGUCGCGCUCACGCUCCUCCAGCCCGGAAAACAACCGCACCUCCCCCCCCCAGCACAGCGACAGCAGGAACAGAUUCAGCCAUGACGUGAAAAAAGAAACCAACGGUCAUGGUGAAGCCAGGGUGAACCCGGACCCCAGCACGUGCCUGGGCGUGUUCGGGCUGAGCCUGUACACCACGGAGCGGGACCUGCGCGAGGUGUUCUCCCGCUACGGCUCCCUGGCGGGGGUCAGCGUGGUGUACGACCAGCGCACCGGCCGGUCCCGCGGCUUCGCCUUCGUCUACUUCCACCGCAUCGACCACGCCAAGGAGGCGAUGGAGGGGGCCAAUGGGAUGGAAUUGGACGGGAGGCGUAUCCGGGUGGAUUACUCCAUCACCAAGCGCCCACACACCCCCACGCCUGGCAUCUACAUGGGCCGGCCCACACAUAAUGGCAGUGGGGGGGGUGGGGGUGGUGGUGGCAGCAGUAGUGGGGGUCGGAGGCGGGACUCGUACUAUGACAGAGGUGAUCGAGGUGAUCGAGGAGAUCGGGGAGAUCGAGGUGAUCGAGGAGAUCGGGGAGAUCGAGGUGAUCGAGGAGAUCGAGGAGAUCGGGGAGAUCGAGGUGAUCGAGGCUACGAGCGUUACGAGCGUUAUGAUGAGUACGACUACAGGUACAGUCGGAGGCGUUCUCCAUCCCCGUACUACAGCCGGUACAGAUCCCGCUCCCGCUCCUACAGCCCCCGACGAUACUGACGCCCUUCUCCAGCGCACUGUCUGGAAUCCUCAAAGAAAAAUGUGAAGAAUUGUUUUUCAAACUGCUGGAGAAAGUUUUUCCCGUUUUGAUUUCCUCUCGGUCUUAAUGUGGGGCCCAGCUAAACCGGUUUUCUUUCUUCUUUCUUUGGUAAGUGUUUGGUGAUGUGCAGAUUGGGAGGGGGGCUUAUCUGUGAUUGGUGAUGUGCAGAUUGGGAGGGGGGGUUUAUCUGUGAUUGGUAAUGUGCAGAUUGGG